GGAGGCUGCAUUGUUCACCGUGAUGUCAAGCCAACAAACAUACUCAUCACUGCCAACUUUCAAGCCAAACUGUCCGACUUUGGGUUAUCUAAAGUUAUGGACGUGGGACAGUCCUAUGUCAGCUCCGAAGUGAGAGGUACAUUUGGUUAUGUUGAUCCUGAGUACCGAAAGAAUCACCAUGUAAAUGCUUCAGGAGAUGUCUACAGUUUCGGGAUAGUUCUUCUACAACUUAUCUCGGGGCGCAGGGUUAUCAAUCUAAAUUCCAACACACCAAUGUCUCUAAAUAAGAUGGCAAGAGGUCUCACAAGAGGCGGUGAUGUCAUACAGUUUGCUGAUCCUAAACUUAAUGGGGAGUACUCAGUAGUAGCCUUUGAGCUUAUAUUCAAACUAGCUUUGUCAUGCACAGGACUAAAGCAACAAAGACCACGCAUGGAGGAGGUGGUAUCGAGACUAGAAAAGGCAUUACACAUCUCAACUCAAAUGGAGUCAUUUCUGCCUGCUGGGACCAAUCAAGACUUGAAAUCGAAGAAAUAG